CGUACGCACGCACGACCGUGCGUACAAUCCCAGCGCCGCGCCGCUUUGUCGUGUCACGCGUGCGGUUUCUCCGGUGUCUGCGUGUGCUCGUGCCCGCGUCUCUCUCGUCUCUCACCUAAGUUUAUUGUUAGAGGGGCCGGUUAGCCGCGGUCGGGGCAUCAGGAUUUAGUGCUUCUUACACGCCCAUGCCGGUACCACGCGCCUCUGCACGCCCGCUUCGAUCGUACGCCGAUUGAUCCCGCGUUCUCAAGCGUGUGAUCAAUUUUCAGUCGGAUGGAUCAUCGUUUGAGGCGGAUAGAGAAAGUGAAUUGUCAUUUUUAUUAACAGUUUUCAUAGUGAGAAGUGCCGCUUUUUUUUCAAAUGUGAAAAGAACUUUUUUAUUCUUAAAAAAAUGUUGCCUUAACAAGCGAAGUUCUCCUUUUGCACAAAUAGGGAAUGAGAAGCAGCAGCCACGACCCGCGAAGCGCGGCAUCGAUCCUUGAUCCCAACUCGGUAUCGCGAUGCUCCUCGGUAACGCCGGCACGUUAUUAAGAGAUAAAAAUGCAGUUAAAAACUAUUACUCCGUGAGCCGCCCCAUACCGCCGUACUCGCAGUGGAUUCACCUCGAAGAAAGCCGGUGGAUUCUUCAGUGAACUAUAUCCUGGAGCUUUCGCCUGGGAGCACCUCCUAUAGGUAAAUGAGCUCUUAUCGCGAGCCUCGCGCGAACCUCGCCGCUAAAAACGUCACGCGCCAAGUGUUAACACUUUAACACCCGACCUCGUAUACACGCGCGAAUCUUCCUUGACUCUUUAUCCCUCGUUCGCGUUUAUCUCUUAUCGCGGACGUCUUUGGAACCGUAAAUAAAGAACGUGUUAACAGUGUGUGUAGCUUACAUAGCAUAUUGUAUGGUUCGGUGUCGGUGCAAAAAGUGGCCCAGAUGUGAAACGUGAAGAGUCGGGCGGUGAGUGGAAUGUUAGUGCCGAGAAGGUUACGCGUUUCAAGAUCGUUUCCUCCAAGAUCCGCGUCACUCGGGUGCGAAAGAAGAGCACGGGAAGAAGGAAGGAAGCGUACGGUCACAGGAGGGGCAUUGUUUAAGUUCCCCGUGGCUAAUACGGCGGCGGAGGCGGCGAGGUUUACGUGGCCAGGACGAAAACUAUGCGGCACGCGGCACGAUGACGGGGCCAAGGAACGGCGGGCUAGCGGGCGGGAAAAAGCUGGACUUACGCCAGGAACCGCGUCACAGUUGGACAGUGUUGCUGAUGUAUUUGGGCAUCUGCGCCGCGCUGCCUGUCACGAUUUUCUCCGCGCCUGUGCAGCUUCGCGAAAUAUCGAAGGAAGGCUCGCAACGACGGCCAAACGACGCCAAUAAUGACUCAACCGAAGGGGAUUUGCCCGUUUUCGAACCGACAGCAGCGAACGUCAGCGCGUUCGUUGGACAAACCGUGUACCUGCCGUGUCGUGUGCGAAACUUGAGAGAUAAAGUGGUGUCAUGGAUGAGAAGCAAGGACCUUCAUAUACUCACGUCAGGAAGCACCCUGUUCAGCUCGGACGCGAGGUUCGGACCUCAGCACACGCCGGGUAGCGACGCGUGGACGCUCAGGCUGGACAAUACGAGGAAGACGGACUCCGGCAAGUACGAAUGCCAGGUGAACACCGAGCCUAAAAUGAUGUACGCUGUUCAACUGUCCGUGCGAGAUCCUGACAAACCGGAAGGUUACGACGAGCCACAUUCUCAGCAGACUCGAAUAAGGCUUACAGGUUACGAAAGCACGGCGCCGGUGGCGUCCAUAAUGGGUCCUCGGGAGCAAAGGGUGGCCUCGGGGUCGACGAUCACCUUAAGGUGCGUCAUAUUGUCCCCGUAUCAGACGCGACCCAUCAGGGGCGUGCAAUGGCUCCGGGAUAACAAACUCCUAACAUUCCAGGCUGCGCGAGGGGGAAUAAAUGUGGAGACUGAAAGGGGCGCGGCACGAACGGUCUCCGAAUUGACUCUGGCGACGGUCACGCUGAACGACGUUGGAAAAUAUUCGUGCAGACCGUCCGAGGGACGAACCGACACUAUAAUGUUGAUCGUCGAGCCAGGAGAACGUACGGAAGCCAUGCAACGUGACGCCGGAUACGUCUCUUCCGGAUGUGACGUCAGCCACUGGGCCGGGUUUCUACUUCCGUUCUUGUGGUUUCUAAUACUCGCACGAAACAGCCAAACUUUCCUGCAAUAGCGCACAACCCGACAGUAUUUCACGCGCGCCUUUGUCUCUCUCUCUCUCUCCCUCUCUCUGGUUCUCUAUUUAUCUUUCUCAUUUUGUCUCUCUUUCUCUGCCUAUAUUUCCCCUGUUCUGCCGACGGGGGCGAAAGUACCUAGAAAUUCGACCAACGGCGACUAGAUCGUAAGCUAGAUAUGUAGGAAUUAUUGAAAGAGGGUAACGAAGCGCCACACGACGAAUCGGAACCCCAACGCUUUCAUUUGAAUUUCAAGCAAACACUGGAACGCGAAGAGUUCGUUGCUCGUCGAGUUCGAAAUUUAUACACUUUUUCGUGCUGUAAAAAAGAAGAAACGUUCGAACACUUUUUCUGUAAAACUACACGAUAGAUUUUACAAGAGAGUUUCCAGCGAGUGAAAUGAAUUGCUUAGUUAAACAAAGAACGGGAGUUAUUAAAAGGCUAAAAAUACCGUAUAACUGAAAUAUGGGCUUCAAUAAAACGAAGCGUGCUUCACGAAACACUUGCAAACUAAAGUGAACAGUAAAAUAGCAAAUGUUUGAACACGAAGAACGAACAAAGUAUGACGUACGGUGAUUUCUUUAGGGAUUAUUAACAAGAAUCGAGCUUACAAGGCAAUUUGAGGGUAAUUCAUCGGAAAAGUGGCAGAAACGAGAGUCACUGCAGUUGCAGAGUCUGGUAAAUUUAUUUUUUACGUAAAUAAUUCAGUGAGCGGACCGCAUCGACGAAGGCGCGCAAAAAGACGUGCAGGCGCCGCCGUUCCGAUUCGCGACGCUUCUUUGAUCGUCCCUCUUCAAGUCAAUGGGAUUAAAGUGGCCGAGUAACAUCAAAGGAUGUGCAAGUAAUUUGAUAUCCCGUAUCUUAGAUCCGAUGCUUCUCUGACGCCGAGGAACAGCAUUAAUGAAAUUUUCUUCCUUCUUAUUCAUAACUUCAGUUUAGAAAGCACCGAACCGAACGGCUGUCCACGAUAACUUCUUAGGCGAACGUCGCGUGAUUGUAAAUAAUAUUACAAUUCGCCGUUAUCCUCGUUAGCUUUAGUUAUAUGUAUUUAUAAGCGUUUAAAACGGAUCGAUACCGAACCACGCACAACUAGCGCCACGAUUAAGAUAUUUAUUGUCACGGUAAUUUAAGCGAAACCGACGUUUAUCAGUAAUUUUCUUUAUAGACAAAAAGAUGAAAUUAUAAUAGUAAUAUCAGUUUUUUAUUCGACAUUAAUGUACUAUAAAUUACUUCGAUGCAGUUUGAAAAAUCUGUAGAAAACAGGAGAUAUGAAGUAUGAAAAAAAGCGUGCGGAUAAAUUUUUUUUAUAGGAAAUAAUAAUUCAAACUGGACUCGUUUCCAUUAUAAAUGCCUGAAUUUUAAUCAAACGAAAAUCACGACGAAUUUAUCUGUAUAUUUAGAUUUAGUGGGGCACGAAAAUAUUUAAUUGUACCUAUAGAAUUUCGAAUACACGCCCGAAUACACAUGAAUAUAUUUCUAAAUAAUAAAACCAUUCGAACGGUA